AUGUCUUGUUCACACACGAUAUUGCCACAUGUUUCGACUGUGGCCGGAACAGUAUCGUUUCUGAGCUCUUUCAUUGCGCAGAUUCCCCAACUUCUAGAAACUUAUGCCGAUAAAACGGUUGAGGGCCUUUCACCAAUAUUCCUCCUGGCAUGGCUGCUUGGUGAUAUUACUAGCGUGAUCGGAGCAGUAUUAACACACCAGUUGGCAUUCCAAGUUAUUUUGGCUUUAUAUUUUUUGGUGAAUGAUUUGUUCAUCUGCGGCCAAUAUUAUUACUACGGUAUUCUGCACCAGAAUAAGUUGGCUACCCGCGGCCACGAGGCCAUGCCAGUGGAGGAAAGAAUUGCGACGGUCAGAAGUCGUGGGUCUGGGGCCGUUUUAGAUGCACGUUUGAAGCGUAAAUCGUGGUUGGCAAGCUUGUUCAUCUUUGGUAACGGAGCUCACGGAUUUCCUUUGAUAUUGAGUGCAGCAUCCCUUACCGUGUCUCCAGUUCCGCCAGACAACUCUAUGACGAUUGGCCGCAUCUUAUCAUGGGCGGGUGCUAUGUGUUAUGUGGGUGCUCGUAUUCCCCAACUGAUCAAGAACUAUCAUCGGAAAUCAACAGAUGGGCUUUCUCCAUUCCUGUUUUUGAACACUUUGCUAGCCAACACAACGUAUACUUUGAGCAUUUUUACGAGCUGUGCAUAUCUAGGGAGUGAGGAUAAAUGGGCGUUUGCCAUGAACGAAAUGCCGUUCAUCGUGGGAAGCGCCGGCACCAUUGUAUUUGACAUCAUUUAUUUCUACCAACAUUACGUGCUCUAUGCUGAAGAUAUGCUGCUCAGAGAACUCGAAGCUCGCGGGGAAGAACGCGAACCAUUGAUAGCAGCUGCAUAG